UCCAGCAGAUGCAAAAUCAUCUGGGACACAUUGGUUUUUCCUGCCUCCUUGACGGUUUUGGCCCAAGUAGGAUUUUCUUCAUCUUGCACUUAGCAGCCAGACAACACACACAUCUACAAUGGCUCCCAGAGUGUUGCGGUGUGUCAUAGAUUUCUUCGGCUAUGAAACAACGAAAUCAGUGGUGGUAAAAAGCUGGUCUGUUGGGAUCAUCAACCGCGUCAUCCAGCUGCUAAUUAUUCUGUACUUCAUCUGUUGGGUGUUUCUGCAUGAAAAGGCUUAUCAGGUUCGAGACUCAGGAAUUGAGUCUGCGGUCAUGACCAAAGUGAAGGGCUUGGGCAGUUAUCCCAAUCGUGUGAUGGAUGUGGCAGACUACGUAGCGCCACCACAGGGCUCUUCAGCUUUCUCCAUCAUCACCAAAUUGGUUGUCACAGCCAAUCAGACGCAAGGACGAUGCCCUGAGAUUGAUGAUAAAUUCACAUGCACAACUGAUGAUAACUGCACAACCAAAAGUGGCUUAAAUUUUGGGAAUGGUAUUGUAACAGGCACAUGUUUAAUCAAUAAUUCCUCUAAUAUAAAUAAUACUAAAGGACAUUGUGAAAUUCAAGGCUGGUGCCCUGCAGAGAACGAUCGAGUUCCUGUGUCUGUAAUGGAGGGUGUGGAGGACUUUACGAUCUUCAUCAAGAACAGUGUCCGCUUCCCUCUAUUUAAUGUUACUAGGGGCAAUUUCCCUUCCUCCAUAAACGAGACAUACAUUAAAAACUGUAGGCAUGAUCCAAUACACCAUCCGUUCUGUCCCAUCUUUAAACUGGGAGAUAUCCUGAAACACAUUAAUCAAUAUCUCAGCAACAUUGCCAGUGAAGGAGGAGAGAUUGGAAUUAAAAUAGGCUGGAAGUGUGAUUUUGACUAUUCUGUGGAAAUGUGCAAUCCCCAGUACACCUUCUCACGCUUGGAUGCUGUGUUUGAGAAGAGCAAUGUCUCCAAAGGAUAUAACUUCAGGUUUGCUAAAUACUACCAGUCACCAGAUGGGACAGAGUAUAGAACGCUUCACAAAGCCUAUGCCAUCCGCUUUGAAAUAAUUGUGUCUGGGAAUGCAGGAAAGUUUAGUGCUGUGCCAUUUAUGAUUAAUCUUGUGGCAGCGUUCACUUCAGUGGGACUGUGCCAGCGUGGUCAUGUAAAUUACAACAGUUCUAAACUGCUAAAUUUACAGGCUACAGUGUUCUGUGACAUCAUCCUUCUCAACUUCCUUAAAGGGGCGGAACAGUACAAAGCAAAGAAAUUUGAAGAGGUAUCAGGCAUUGAGACUCAGUCAGUACACAAAAGACUCUACCAGAGAAGUCAUAUGUCAUUAAAAGUGACGGAAAAGAACUCUGAUGACUCAGGGACCUUUUGUAUUAGGCACCAGGAGUGAGGGACACGAGACAUCAACAAUUGAAACAUCCAAAUAAUAUUUUGUCAUAUUAAUUUCUAAAGGUUUAAUUAUUUGCAGUUUUUCAUGUAAUUGUAUAAAAUAUCUGAUUGUUCAGCCAUAAUCUUUGUGUUUAAAAUCUGUCGACACUUAGGGCUGGAUUUGUUAAUUUAAAUAAAGGCACUGUCCAGUCAACUCCAAAUCCUGAGAACACACAUAUAUAAACAAUAUUUAAUUAAGAGUAAUCUAUGUAAAUAAUAAAAAUUUUAAAAAAAAAGAAUUAUAAAAAUUAACUAAAUUAUUAAUGAAUAAUUAAGUAACUGCCAAUGUCAUUGUCAAUGUAAUCAUUCUCCAACAUAAUUCUAACAUAAUUCUUCUUUUAAUGUAAAAUAAAGAAAUAAAAAAUAGUGACAUUUGAGUAGGUCUACUUACUUUCCAAAAGCUAAAUGUACACUUAUAUUUUGUGUUUAGUAUCUUUAAAAUAUGCAAUAUGCAUGUUUAUGGCAAAAUAUUUUAUUAUUUUUUCUUCUUUUUAAUUUAUUUUAUUUUAUCACAACCUCACAAACCCCUGAGUUAAUUGCCCCCAUCCUUUCUUGUGUUUCCUUUACUUACGGUGCCUGCUUCUGUAUUUCCUUUACUUGUGCUGUCACCUGUACUGUACUGUACCACAAACCUGUAUGCUGAUAGUAGGUUUCCCACAGGGCCCCCAAUUUCAAUCAGAGAAACAAAUACUGUCAUAUUUUAAAUAUGCUGUAAUGUGUAGUAAGUGAAGUACAAGAUGCUCAGAGCACUUAAAAUGUAAAGUUAGAAUAACUACCCUGGAUUGAUCUUGUUGAGAUAACUCAAUUUUCAUCUUUUC